AUGAGAGCGUUUGGUUCCGAGCCGCGCCAUGUCCCGGGAGGACCAUGAAGUUAUGGCAUAGCCUCAUGACCACUUGUUUCAUUCUGCUGGGAGUCGUGCACGCCGGCCGCGCGGCCCUGCUCCGGAGCCCACAGCGGCUGCUGUCUUCUGGGACAGGGGCGCCCAGGAAGGAGAGGCCCCUGGAGAGUCCACCUCUCCGGAUCAGCGUGUCCAUCGACUCGCAGGAGGACUGGGGAGACAAAUACACCAUGGAGGAGCCUGUCUCGGCCGAGUUUGAGGACGUGGACGUGGUAGACUUGGUCAAAGUGAGCAUCAGCAGAAUACGCCGCUCUUCCUCCUCGCCCACGGAGCCUUCUCAGACCUUCCCUUCUCCAAGGACCUCCAAGACUAACAAGAGAGGUCGACACAUCAGACGCAAGAGGAAGAACAACUCAAGCCGGCCGAGAAAUGCCCAAAGGAAGGGCGGGGCUAGGGGAAAGAAGACUGGAAGUGGGCGGGGCCAAGGCUGCAGGCUGAAACAGAUCCAACUCAACGUGACCGACCUGGGUUUGGGUUACCGCUCCGAGGAGGAGAUGAUAUUCAAGUACUGCGCGGGUCCCUGCAAGAAGUCAGAGACCAACUACGACAAGAUCCUGCACAACUUGGCUCACCGCAGGAAGUUCCCCGCCAAGGACACGCCCCAGCAGGCCUGCUGUCGGCCAAUCGCCUUCGACGACGACCUCUCCUUUCUGGACGAUAACCUGGUGUACCACACUGUGAGGAAACACUCCGCCAGGAAGUGUGCUUGUGUCUAAGGACUUUUAAACUGUAAUCACAUCAUGUGUGAGUACUCCUCAGGUACAUCGCUCGUGCUUUAACUUACACGCCACAAAUUCUCUACCUAUUGGUACGGGACUCUCAACUCGUCUCUGUCCAAUAAAAAUCACGUUCAGUCGUCAUACUUGCCAACCCUCCCGAAUUUUCCGGGAGACUCCCGAAUUUCAGUGCCUCUCCCGAAAAUCUCCCGGGACAACCAUUCUCCCGAAUUUCU